AUGAUAACCCUCAUGAUCGUCACGUCCCUCUCCCUUCCCACUUCUCGAUAACUCAAUCCCCUCCCCCACCCCCACCCCCACCCCCCUCCCAGAAUUCCACGCUCACAGCCCCCAUCUUUUUUCUUUAAUUUAUUUCUCUUAUUUCCCUUGUGCUUUUUAUGACUGCCACUGCCCCCUAUCCCCCCUCCCUCUUCAUUUCCUCUCAUCAUACUACACCCCAGUCAACCUCCACUUUUCUUUCAACACCUCCUCAUUCCUUUCUUCUCUCUCUCUCGUAAUCUUACGCUGCAAUUGCUUAUCCUUUUAUAUUUAUUGCUAGAAUUCCUUCACCUCUUUCAUUCCAGACCUAGACAAGGGAAGAUCUUUUAUUCUUCACUGGAAAGUUGAUUCUUAAAUUUUAUUGCCACCGAAAAUUCACUUAUUAUUAUUUUGCAUCCGAAAAGGGCUCAAGGCAUGAUCAGAUAAUUCAUCAUGUGGAUGAUGGGAUACAGCGACGGCGGCGGAGAUUUCAACACCAUUCAAGACCCCUUCACCGGCCGGAAACUCCGCCCCCUCAUGCCUCGACCCGCCACGGCCGCCGCCGCCCCUCCUUGCCUCACACGCAUCCAUGGCGCCGAUCUCUUCGCCCUAAAUCACCAUCUCGCAAUGGCAGAGCAGACGAAGCGAGAUCUGACGACGCAGCAAGUGGUGGUGAGCUCGCGGUGGAACCCGACGCCGGAGCAGCUGCAGACGCUGGAGGAGCUGUACCGGCAGGGCACGCGGACGCCGUCGGCGGAGCAAAUCCAGCUGAUCACGACGCAGCUCCGGCGGUACGGGAAGAUCGAGGGCAAGAACGUGUUCUACUGGUUCCAGAAUCACAAGGCGAGGGAGCGGCAGAAGCGGCGGCGGCAGCUGGAGUCGUUCCCCGACGAGAAGAGGGAGGCGUCAGCAGGAGCAAAUAGGACAUUGUUUGAAGUUGAACACACCAAGCACUGCCCAUCUCCUACUAACUCUAGUACAGCUGCUCAGAAAAGUGGACAAGCAGAGGCAGAAUGUAAAGCAGAUGAUGGAUGGGUACAGUUCGAUGAUGAUGCAGAACAGCAGCGGAGAAGGAAUGCCACGUGGCAGAUGAUGAAUUUGUCUUGUUCUUCCUCCUCCACCAACCUCAUCAACUCCUCCUCUGCCCCUACUGUCACUCUCCCUGCUAUUCCUAUGCAAUUCAAGCCUCAAGAUUUCCUCAACAUCUUCUUGGAACCCUACAACCACCGCUCCUCCGCCGCGGCUGAGGCGCAGACCCUCCAGCUCUUCCCCCUCCAGAGCGGCGGCCGCGACGACAACCAGGAUCAAGGUGUUUCCAUCAAUAAUAUUGCUACUCACGUUGCUCCUUUCCAGUUUUUCGAAUUCCUACCCUUGAAGAAUUCAUCAAAUUAAGGGUUUCGUUCUAUAAUUAACUUAGGCUAUCAAUUUAUGUAAUGAUAUGAAUAUGGUGAUAUGAUAUGUGACGGCUUUAGUGUUUUGUGUUU